AUGGAUGAGGGGAGUCUCCGAUUUGAAAAAGUUGAUUUGGAGAAGGAGAAUGUUUCAACAAUAACCAUUUAUUUUGAUCCUAUCAACUUGUCAGCGCCAGCAGAUGCAGCUCCAGUUACCAUCACGGUGCCUGGGCCUAUUCCAUAUGAAAAUGAUGAUGCUGUGCCAUGGGACUAUGGUGGAGAGGUGUUUUGUAAUGGAGAAAAGGUAGAAGAUCAGGCUGCAGGUGAGGCCACCGUUUCAAAGGUGGAUAAUGCCGGACUUAGUGGGUUCACUCGCAGCGGGAGGUUGUUUGCGCCUGACACAUUAAGGAGUGGGGAUGUAGAAAAAGAAAAGAGAGAUAAGGCCGAGGCUUUAGCCAGGGAAAGAGGUAAACAGGUGGUGAGUGAAGGUACUCCUAGAGCGGCACCGGCGCCUGUUGGGUCAGAAAAUGAGCUUGAUGAUGAAGCCGAGGAGUUUUUGAGGAUCAUCAAAAAGUCUGAGUACAAACUUAUUGAAAGUCAUGAGUUGUCCUCACCUAUUAGUCCUCAUCAAAAUGGUGUAGUUGCAAGGGAGAAACAAAACUGUGUAACAUUAUCCACUGCAGAAGCUAAGUACCUAGCAUCUGGUAGCAGUUGUUCCCCACUGUCUCGCAAGCUUUCUCUCAAAGAAACUUUUCAUUUCGCCUCUAAGAUAUUCAUCAUGUCGCACCAAUCCAACUCAUCUUCCUUCAAGACCAUGUCUGAUUCCUCUAGCUCUGAAUCAUGCAACCCUAACAGGGAAGAUCUUGUUGCUGACUCUGCGAAUACCUCACAUGCAAGAAGACCUAAAGAAACUGUCUCAGGCUUCUCCUCAGCAAUCGCGCUUGAUGAACAAACCAGAGAAGGCUCCAGGUAUGUUCACAAUGCCAUUGCAACUAUGGUGACUGGAAUACUAUCUGGUAAUCAUAAGGUUCUUGGGGUUUCCAUUCCCUUAAACACUAUUGUACCUGAUAAUGUUGCUUGUCAAGAAAAUACAGUCUCCUUAGGAAAGAAUGUAUCUGAUGAUGCUGAGCACACUGAUGCUCAGGAGGGGUCAAAUAUUGACAAACCCUUAGAUAAUGUGGGUGGUGAGGAAGUCCGGGUCACUCAUGAUGUCAGUGACAACCCUAACUGUGAAGCUGAAACAGUAGACCUGGAGGAAUUUUCUGAUAAUGAGUGGAAAUAUGUUUAUCAGAAGAGGUUGGCUUUGGAAAGGGAAUUGGCUCAGAAUGUCCUGGAAUGUAAGGAGAUUAUGGCCCUUAUUCAAGAGGCAGGUUUAAUAAAGACUGUGACUCAGUUCUCAAAGUGCUAUGAGAUGUUAGUAAAGGAAUUUAUUGUCAAUGUGUCUGAAGAAUAUGCUGAUGGAAAGUCUAAGGAAUUCAGAAAAGUAUAUGUGCGAGGCAAGUGUGUAAACUUCUCUCCCUUAGUAAUCAACAUGUAUUUGGGAAGACUUGAUGUAGCUCAACCUGAGCUUGAGGUGACUGACAACAAAAUCUAUCAAGUCAUCACUACUAAUCAAGUGAGGAAGUGGCCUCUCAAAGGUAAGUUGGUGGCCAGCAAACUAAGUGUCAAGUAUGCAAUGCUGCACAAAAUUGGAGCUGCUAACUGGGUGCCCACCAAUCACAAAUCUACAUUGGCUGUAAUGCUUAGAAAGUUCAGAUAUGCUGUUGGAGCUAAAGCCAAUUUUGACUAUGGAUCCUAUAUUUUUUAUCAAACCAUGAAGGAUGCAGGAAGCUUCAGUGUGAAGGGGCCUAUAGCCUUUCCUUCCCUCAUAUGUGGUAUUGUGUUGAAUCAAUUUCCAAACAUAUUAACAGAGAAUGAUUCUGUGAAGAGAAGAGACAACCCUUUGGCCUUCAAUCAUAAACUGUUCCUAGGUAAAGUUGCUGUCAUUGCAAUACUCGAACAAACGUGCAAGGAGUUAGAGGCAAGGAAGCUCACUUUGGAAAAUUUGAUUAUCAAAUUGGAGAUGACUGAAGGUGAUGUGCUUGGUGAAGUUGCUUAUGCUGCAGAAGGAGCUGCAAGACAAAGUGCAGAGGGAGAAGAGGAUGCGAAUCCUGAUGAUGGCACUGAUGAUGAUGCUGACUCUGAGUCAGAUGAAUAG